GUGGCUUUGGGCCGAUUGCCGCCGCUCUUCGUGGCCUCCCGCGCCCACCGAACGCCCGGGCGUGAGGUUCCGGAGGCACCGAGGGCCGAGGAGGCGACGAACUAGAGAAAUAGGGGGUUUUCAUGGGCUGUCUCGUGCCAUGGCGCUUCCUCCUCUUCGUCGGACGAAGCGAAACGAACGAGGACGGACGCGAGAUGGACGGGAGCCAGUACUGCAUCCUGUGGAACAACUACCACGGUUCCCUGGUGAACACCCUCAGCGGCCUACGACGAGAGGGCGACCUGGUGGAUGUGACGGUCGUGUGCGGGGACGGAAACAAGGUUCGCGCCCACCAGCUGAUCCUGGCGGCUUGCUCGACGUACUUUCGGGAUUUCCUGAGGGAUAAUCCAUCCAAGCAUCCUAUCGUCCUUUUGCCGAUGGAGAUCCGAUACCCAGAGCUGAAGGCCAUGGUGGAUUUCAUGUACACGGGUCAGGUCUGUGUCAACCAGGAGCGUCUCCAGGCGUUUAUCAGGGGGGCUAGAUAUCUCCGGAUUAAAGGCUUGGAGGACAACGCAGAUGACAGUGAUAUGGAGGAUUUAGCCCCAGAUAUGGAAAAUGAUAAGCCAUCCCUGGGAGUUUCAACUGGCGGUGUGUCUGUGUCCGUUGGAAGUGGUGGAGAGUCUGGAGCUACAACUACAGUGAAAGGAAGAAGGGUAAAGGACCACAGAUACACUCAGCAUGUUGAACUUGGCGAUUCUGACGAAAACCGCGAGAAAUGGGAAGUGGUCGACCGCAAGCCAGUGAUUCUCCCCCGUGCCCAGCCUCCACCUCCCCCAGGUUCAGGCAUGAGGAGGAGACGCAGAGCCAGAUCAGCACUCCGGAAGAGGGCCAUGCACCUGAGCAACCACAUCGUGUGUUAUGAGCAGCGGACAGACGGUUCUGAUGGAGGACACGAGAGAUCAGAACCCAUCAACAAAAUAAGAAGAUUAGGUUCACCUGGGCAUUUCCACGACAAUGACUUGGACAUCUGCACUUGUACGUCACGCAAAAUUUGGUCAGUGAGAGACACAGAGGCACUGCUCAGAGUCUGGCGAGAAACUCUCACGCAGGUCCCACCAUCAUACUUCAUUCGGUCGAUGGCUCUUUGCAAACGUGUUGCCAGGAGAUUGCAAGGUCGCGGCAUUCAGAAAAAUUGGCGUCAGUGCCAGGUUAAGAUGAAGAAUUUGCGCAGAGAGGUGAGAUUGUACAAAGAAUCAGUUGGCAGAAAUAAUUCUCGCAAGCCUUCAGAAGUGGCGACAGCCUGUGAGAAAUUAUUACCUGACAUUGAAGAUAUCUUUAACAAGGAAGAGGAGAUUCGACGGGAGUGGUACCAGAUGAGAGCGGAAGAGCGGCUAAAGGCAGAAGGCAGAUUAGUGGAUGGAGAGGCAGCACCUGCUGAUAUCCUAGCCCAGGUUGCCGUCCUUGCCGACUCAGACUUGUGCGAUGAGGAUACAGAUGCCCAGGAGUGCGUGGCAGGAGACGGGUUGGAAACGGAGGGAGAGGCUGGUGCUUUUACUGAGGGAGAAGGCUUCACUGAAGGCGAGGGUGGCUUCGAGGAGGAGGUUGACACACACACACACGUCGUACACACACAGGACGACACGGCAGUCCACCACAUUGUCGAGGACGUUACAUUACAAGUUGUUACAAAACAGGAACCUCAGUCUGGCACAGAAAUUUAAAUGUCUAAGAGAACCUGGGAAGGACAGAAUAAUGAGGCUACAGCUGGUCCCACGUUUUUGAGCAUUGGCACACUCCACUGGUGCACAGCAUUGAAUGUAUGUGUAUAUUCAUGUUCAUAGAGAGUUAUGAUAUCAGUUUGUCAUGAUGUCAUAUAUGUGACAAUGUUUCUUCUUUUCUUUUUUUCAUUUGUUUUAUCUUUUUCUUUAUGAAAAUUACAAGAAUUAUUGAAGGGGGAUAUGACAAUUGUAUUUAUAUUUUUUAUGUACUGUUUGUCUAUUCCUUUAAUGUAUAUUAUUCUUGAUGAGUAUACAAUCCUUUUUGUUUCAUUAAUUGAUGUUAAUCUAUUGUAUACUUUUCUGUCAAUGUUCUAUUUUUUUGUCAUAUUUAGCUAUUUGUAUUUCAUUCUUACUUUUUUUUCCAUUUUGUGUAAUUUUAUUGUAUAUUGUUUUCAAAGCCAAAUAUAACAGUAUGGAAGGAAAUCAGCAGGAAGAAUAAGCAGUAUUUAGACAGGACUAGUGACAUUAUUUGAAAUUAAUCAUAAUUAAGAGAUAUUGUUUUUUAUAGAUAUAUGUAUAUAAGUAAUAUAAAGCACAUACAAUUAUCAGCUUUAAAGGCAUGCAUAUAAUAAGAAUGAUAUGUAUAGGUAUUGUGAGAAAGUUUGUAGCAAAGUUUUGAGGCAACUGCACUACUUUUCAGAGAGAGUUUAAUGAUCAAUUCCUAAUUUCAGAAAUGUCAGAUUGUGUCUUUGGUAUCAGAUAUUGCUCUGGUGCAUUUGUAGAAAAAUGUAUAAAAUUGGUUAAAUUAUGGUAUCAUAUUUGGAGCGCUGGAAAGGUUAUUCCAUGUCAGGUCAUGCAUUUAUCAUAUACUGUGAGUUAUGAUUUAAAAAUAUACAGAUCUCAUUCUUUUACAUCUUC